CACAUUUUAUACAGAUAAACAAAAUAAAUUGUAACCAUUAGAACCCUAAACCAACAAAACUCAACAGCUCUAUCAAAGUAAAGGAACGCUUACACGACUGAAAAUCGCACUGAGCACGACUGGCCGGAAAACUCCGGCGGACUUGGUCGGCGGCGGCCACAAACAGCGAGAAUCCCAGCUCUUAUGAUGAUGAAGUUGGUAGCAUAUAAUAUUUAACAAUAUUCAACCUAGCCGAAGAAAAUUAUGAAGAAGAGAAAAACCGAGAGUAAGAGUAAUAAGAGUAAUAAGAAUAAUAAUAGUAAUAAUAACAGUGUUUAUGCUGUACUUAACUGUGAUGAUAUCCUUCAUGAGAUUUUACUUCGUGUACCACCAUCAACUAUCUCCAAAUUAGUUCUUGUUUCCAAAAGAUGGCUCCGAAUUAUAACCACUUCUUCCUUUCGCCGUUCUUAUAUGAUCCAAUGGGGCCAAGAUUUUCGACAUUUAGGUUUUUUUGUAUGCAACUUUUUAUACCUUGGAAGACCUCGUGAUGGUAUUCGUCGACCUUCGUGGGAGCCUGCUCUUCCAUUUUUGUCUACUUGUAAAGAGGGUGAUGAUUUGGUGCGUUCUGGAAUGCUAAAAAAACUUGGUUACUUCAUUGAUUCUUGCAAUGGUGUUAUACUUUCUGGUAUUCACCCUAAGAUAUACUAUGUGUAUGAUACCAUGACUAAGCAACGGUAUCAAUUACCGGAACCUCAGCAGUUUUAUAAAACUUUAUGUAUGGCUUUGAUUGUUGAGGAGUAUCUUGAGGGUGAUAUUUGUUACAAGGUUCUCCGUGCGAAAUGUGAAUCUAAACCUAUUGGGAGUAACACUGUAUCGGUUGAGACUUUCUCAUCGAAAACUGGGAAGUGGAAGCAAUCUACUUUGAUGUGUUCUAUGUCUUUUGCGUUGCAUCCGAGGACGGUUGGUAUGGUGGUUGGUGGAGUUGUACACUGGCUUGCGAUGUGGGGGAAAUUGGCUAUUUAUGAUCCGCGUCUUGGAGAUAGAAAUGUAGCUUUGAUUAAAUUACCGGCGGGUGUGUUAUCGCAUGAGCAUGAGGAAUCUAUUCUUGGGGAAUCUUCGGAUGGGCUUUUGCAGUAUGGUCAGAGCAAUAACUUGGGUUUGGAGAUAUGGAUGCUCAAGAAGGAGCAAGGAGUUAACUCAUCCAUUUACAGCAAUUGUACACAUUUGAGAUACAGUUGGAUUCUCAGGUGGAGAUUGAAUUUUAAAGUUAUAUGGAAGCAGAUACCGACCCUCAACAUGUAUUUUAAAGAAACCCAAAUACUAUCAUUUCUUCCUCAAAAUUCUAAAUCUGUCUUCAUUAGAGUGGGCUGGAACAUUUUCCUGUGUGAUUUAGAGACCAAGACAGUGGAAAUAGUUACUUAUCAGGGUCGAGGAGCCUCUAUUUCAUGGGAGUCUAGCAAAGUGGUUCCUUACUUUCUGCCUGCUUGGCCAGUCUCUUCAACUGUGUCAUGACAGAAUUGAACAUGAUUUUGGUCAUGUAGAAGGCUUGUUGUCUUUUUGAUCUAUCUUGAUGGCAGUUGAUAUUUUCCAUUUUGUUGAGUCAUGAUAGAUAAAUGGAGGUGAAACUAAAGCUUUUAGCAUCUUUGUUCUGUUUUAAAGUCUAGUGGUGUAGCUCACCUUCAUUUUGACUUAUAGAAUCGGUGGUGUAUAUGCUAAUAGGCUGCUGGUUAAUCAUGCACUCAAAAAAUGUUGCUCCUCUGAUCUUCGUUGUCUUAUUUGCAUUGAAGAAUUGCAGUUGGAAUCAGUCACAUAAAAGUAUGUUUCAUAAGAUGAAUAAAUGAAACUCUCUUUUCACCUCC